CAUGCCAACCACUCAAGGAAGAAGCGCUGCCUUAUUUUUAGUCUAUAUUAGACAGCUGCUUUACUCGCAGCUAAUGCUACUCAUUUCUGCAUUAAAAAUAUUCUUGACAGCAUUGUCACAAACAACAAUGACAGCAGAUCGAGUUCAAUCCUGAAACUAGUUCAUGUUUGAGUUCUGCUUUAAAAAUCCAGAUAUCAACACUUUUAGACGUCUCAUAAUGGAACCAGAAGACGUCAAAGAUAGCAGUUUAGGGAAAACAGCACACACUGCGGCUCCUGCGGCCUCACAGCUAAAUGAAGACACUUCAGCUGGAGAGACUACAAACUGCGAGGGAAACAUCACCAUUGAGGACCAGCAGAAGGUUGUAAAGAAGGAGGAACCUGAAGAUGACGGCUACCUCUAUGGAGAAAUAUCUGAGACCAAUGUCACCUCUGUUGAGCAAUCAGAUGAAGAAAUCCUGAAGACUGUAAAAGAAGAAGAACCUGAACAAGACGAAUACCUCGGUGGAGGAACAUCAGUCUCUGUGAGACGAGUCGUCAUCGUGGACGAAAACAGUGAAGUGUUUCAGAGCAAGCCUAUAAAAGAGGAAGAACCUGAAGAUGAUGACUAUCUGUACUGUGAGGACUGCAGAUCCUUCUUCAUCGGUGAGUGUGAGGUUCACGGCCCAGUGCUCUUUAUCCAGGAUACUCCUGUUCCAAUGGGGGUCGCUGACCGAGCCAAACAAACCCUUCCACAAGGGCUGGAGAUUCUGAAGUCCAGUAUUUCUGACCUGGGAGUGUUUAAUAAAGGAGAUACCGUUCCAGUUGGUGUGCACUUUGGCCCCUAUCAGGGAGACCUGGUGGACAGAGAGGAAGCCAUGAAGAGUGUCUACUCUUGGGUGGUAUAUAAGAACAUGCAGUGUGAGGAGUACAUCGAUGCCAAGAGAGAGACUCAUGCUAACUGGAUGAGGUAUGUGAAUUGCGCUCCUAACAGUGAGGAGAAGAACCUCAUGGCAUACCAGUAUCAAGGAGGGAUUCUCUAUCGUUGUUGUCAAGCCAUCAAACCAGGACAGGAGCUCUUGGUGUGGUACGAAGAAGAGUAUGCCAAACAUCUUGGUGUUACAUUCGACUACCUCUGGAACAAAAAGUCAACAAAUGGCAACGAAAUGAAGAGCUUUCCAUUGCAAGUCUUCUCCUGUUCAUCAUGUUCGUUUUCCUACACGUCCCAAAUUUACCUCCACAAACACAUCAAACGCUGCCAUAAUGAAGAAUACGUGAGACUCCUGAAAUGCGGUGCGAUUAAACAUCAUAAUCAGACGUCCGCAAACAGCUCUGGUCAGCAAACAUCCUCUGGAACCCUCCUGACUAAAAACGGACAGAUUCAGAAAGAAAUCUAUCACUGCUCAGACUGUGGGAAGAGUUUCACUAACCCCAGUUACCUCCUUCAGCACCAGCAGGUUCACACGAGAGAGCGUCCGUAUCGCUGCUCGGACUGCGGGAAGAGUUUUACCAGACCCAUCAAUCUCCAGAUACACCAGCGCAUCCACACAGGAGAGAAACUUUACCACUGCUCGCAGUGCGGAAAGGAUUUUACCCGACAGAAUCAUUUCCAGUUACACCAGCACAUGCACACUGGGGAGAAGCCAUACCAGUGCUCGGAGUGCGGGAAGAGUUUUACUCGGCCAGGUAACCUCCAGCUACACAAGCGCAUUCACACGGGGGAGAAACCGUAUCACUGCAUAGAGUGUGGAAGGAGUUUCACGCAGCAGACCAGUUUCCAGCUUCACCAGCGCAUUCACACUGGAGAGAAGCCAUUCUGCUGCUCACAGUGUGAGAAGAGCUUCACUCGCCUCAGCACUCUCCAGCGGCACCAGCUCGUCCACACGGGGGAGAAACCCUUUCAGUGCUCCGAGUGCGGCAAGAGUUUUACACAGCAGGUGAACCUCCAGCUUCAUCAGCGUCUUCACACCGGAGAGAAGCCGUGUCACUGCGCCCAGUGUGGGAAGAGUUUCACACGCCUCAGCACUCUCCAGCGACACCAACGUGUCCACACCGGGGAGAAGCUCUAUCACUGCUCGGAGUGCGGGAAGUGUUUCACACAGCAGGUUAACCUCCGAUUCCACCAGCGUGUCCACACUGGAGAGAAGCCCUUCCAGUGCUCGCAGUGUCAGAAGAGCUUUACUCACCUGAGUACUCUACAAAGACACCAGCGCAUUCACACGGGGGAGAAGCCGUACCUGUGUUCGCAGUGCGGGAAGAGUUUCACACACCUGAGUACGCUCCAGAGACACCAACUCAUCCACACCGGAGAGAAACCCUAUCUAUGCAUACAGUGUGGGAAAAGUUUUACUCAGCUCAGUACUCUCCAAAAACACCAGCAGAUUCACACAAAGGAUAAAACCUUCUACAGCUCAUAGCAUGGGAGAACUUUCACAUGUUUCAUUUACCAUUCAGUGUGUGACUCCUAGAGCCUUUUAUACCUUUGGGGAAAAUAAUGUAGGUGUAAAGCUUCAUGUCGCAUUAAGCAUGAAACCUGAGGAUAAAAACAUCUGGCCAGUUUGCCUCAGAAGGCAUUGAGGGGCUCAGUGGUCCUUACACAAAUGAUUCAUACUUAAAGGACAGCACACUGUCCUGCUGUUAAUCCUGACUGAUCACGUGUUUUGGGGCAUCAAACCAUCCCAGUUUACAUUAGAACUCUGUUCACGAACGACAGAGCUGCACCUCGACCCAAGAGAACAGCUCCUUCACAAUGCCUGAGUAAACACAACCGGGGUUUUAGCAUGAUUUCUGAGUCCUAAGCACUUAAUGACUGUUCCAGAUCAGGGUUCUGUAGCACCGUCCCAUGCUGCAGGGUUCAGUACUGAUAAAGAACCUGCACUUUUUCAUUGUAGCAGACAUUGUGGAUUAUAGAAGAACAAAAUUUUGCUGUGCAGUAUUUUAUAAAUCAAUGUGAAUCUUUACAGUGAGCCAGUGUAGUGUGGGUUCUACAGGGGUGAUGUAGUCAAAACAUUCCAGCACUUUCUUUCCUGUGUUCUGACCGCUGCAUUCUGGACAUAAUGAUCCUUUAUGGUUCCAAGGUGUUAAAAUAACCCAUCAUUGAGGUUAUCAAAUCAUGAAACAACUUUUUUCUGUAUUGUAUAACUUCAAUUAUACUUCUUUUCUUAGCAAUGUUUCUGAGAUGUAAAAAAAUCACUUGGAUAGCUCUGUGUGUGUGUGUGUGUGUGUGUGUGUGUGUGUGUGUGCGCCCGCGCGCAUGCUGAGACCCAGCAGUCACAUGGUUGUGCAUUAGUGCAAAAAAAAAUCCUGCUGUCAAACAGACAUGUUUCUCGUCUCACCUUGUACAUCAUAGGAAGCUACACUGUAAAGUACACUAUAUAGCCAAAAGUUUUGGGACACCCCUCCAAAUCAUUGAAUACAGGUGUUCCAGUCACUUCCACGGCCACAGGUAUAUAAAAUCCAGCACCUAGAGAUGCAGACUGCUUCCACACACAUCUGUAAAAGAAUGGGUCUCUCUCAGGAGAUCAGAAUUCAAGCGUGGGACCGUGAUAGGUUUCCACCUGUGCAAUAAGUCCAUUCGUGAAAUUUCCUCACUACUAAAUAUCCCAGGGUCAACUGUGAGUGGUGUUAUAAUAAAGUGGAAGAAAUUGGGAGCAACAGAAACUGUCAUGGAGUGGUAGACCAGGUAAAAUCACAUGCUAAGGAGCACAGUGCACAGAAUUUGCCAACUUUCUGCAGAGUCAGUAGCUGUACACCUCCAAACUUUGUGUGGCCUUCAGAUUAGCUCAAGAACAGUCCAUAGAGAGCUUCAUGGAAUGGGUUUCAUGGGCCAAGCUGCAUCCAAGCCUUAGGUAGCCAGACCUUCUCGUCCAACAUCAGUGCCUGACCUCACAAAAGCACUUCUCGAGGAAUGGUCAAAAAUUCCCAUAAACACACUCCUAAACCUUGUGGAAAGCCUUCCCAGAAGAGCUGAAGCUGUUAUAGCUGCAAAGGGGCGGGACAACUCCAUAUUAAACUCUACGGAUUAAGAAUGGGAUGUCAUUAAAGUUCAUAUUCAUGUAUAGGCAGAUGUCCCAAAACCUUUGGCAAUACAGUGUAUGUGCCCCCUGACCAUCACACCCAUGUGAUCUUCCCCAAACUGUUAUCAUAUCAAGUCUGAGUCACACAGUUGUCCAAACCCUGACCAUGUUCCUGUGCAGCUCCAUGAAGACAUGGUGUGGAGGUGUAGGUUGGAGUGAAGAACUGGAGUGUCCUGCACAGAGCCCUGACUCUGACUCAACCCCACUAACCACCCACUGACCCCCAGACCUCACUCUCACAUCAUCAGAGUCUGAUCUCACUAAUGCUCUUUUAGCUGAAUGAUCACUAAUCCCCACAGACACACUCCAACAUCUAGUGGAGAACCUUCCAGAAGAGAAGAGAAGAGUGGAGUUGAUUAGAACAGUAACACACAGAGGGAAUAAAUGUGGAGUGAGACGUUCAGCAUGGCUGUGAAGGUCAGGGUGCACAUACUUUUGUCUGUACUGUGUAUCGGCUUGAUGUAAGGUUAAUAAUCCAGUACUUUAGUACAAAAAAUACAAUUCUUCUUCCAGUUUUUUCCCUUCAUAUCCAGAUGUGUGUGUUUGAUGGGAAACUGGAAAGAAAGAGUUAUUUAUUUUUUUGGAACACGUGCAGGAACCAUGUGGUGAGAUGUUGUGUUCACUCAGGCUGGGGAAAUAAUCCGUAACAUGAUGAGACGGUACGAGAACACUCUUUAAAGCUGAUUCAACACGCUGCAGGACAUCGGCUAAUCCUUUCUCUUCUUCAUUCCUCUGUGUGCACUUUGUUUAAAUACAAUCAUUUGUUAUUGUAGGAAAAACUCUUCUAGGUGAAAAAGUGAAAAUGUCUUCUUUCUGCUCAUCGUUUUCAAAUGAACUCUGUGUGAUCGCUGUAUCUGAAGCACUGUGGCAUUUUUGUUCCACCAUUUCAUUUUCUCAUCAUGUUUUCUUCUUUAAUCUCACAGUGUUAAUUAAGUGAAUAUCUUAAAGCUGUGUCGAUGCUAGCCCUAGGGUUUAGGGUUUAGGGUUAGGAUGAGCCCUAAGGCUGCAGAAAAAUCAGUUUAAUCUGUCCAGCUCCUAGCUCACAGGUCCGGUACAGCAUCUUCACCAGCUGAUAAAUUAUUUUAUUAAUUCUUUUUAUUGGACCUGAUUAUUGGACCAGAUUCGGUUCAAUCUAUGAUAUAAUAUUGUUAGCGAUCAUUCAGAAGCAGUUCUCUUUCUACUUGCACUUUCCAGCUGGCAGAAGAUGAUACACAUGCAUGUGUUUUUGUAGCUGGAGAAAAAGGGGAGAAAAUAAUCUUCUUAAUAAAUAAAAUGAUAAUUAUGUCUUGUGUGGAAGGUUAAAUGCAUCAAUAAUCAGAAAACUCCCCAAAAAUAGAUUUAAACACGUAAUAAAGGCUUUUGUGAAUAAAACCGUUUCAAUCAGUAGUCCAUUGUGUAGAUUGAGUACUAGAGUAAGUUAAGUUGUUAAUUUGCCUUUAUUAGUCACAUAUACAUUACAGCACAGUGAAAUUCUUCCUU